AUGCGUUCAGUCAGGAUUUUUGUGAUUUUAUACUCUCCUGACUUCUCCGCCCAUUCUGAUCCUCUGUACCUCCUUUUGACCCUUAACCAAUCCUUCUCUUUUUUCAUUUCAUUCUUUCUCAUAUUUCUCUUUCUCUCUUUAAUUUUCAACGGUGUUAUAAUUCCUUUCCAUUCAUCCGUGUAUUUAUUUCUCUCUCUCUCUCUCUCUCUCUCUCUCUCUCUCUCUCUCUCUCUCUGUGCCUCUGUCUCUGUCUCUCUCUGUCUCUGUCUCUGUCUCUCUCUCUCUAGAUGGAUGUUUCUGCAUCUUCUUUUUUUUCUUUUAUUAGGAUGGAUGUUUCUGCAUCUUCUUUUUUUUCUUUUAUUAGGAAUUGAUGUUUCUGCAUCUUCUUUUUUUCCUCGUUUAUUAAGAUGGAUGAUGGAUGUUUCUGCAUCUUCUUUUUUUUCUUUUAUUAGGAUGGAUGUUUCUGCAUCUUCUUUUUUUUCUUUUAUUAGGAUGGAUGUUUCUGCAUCUUCUUUUUUUCCUCUUUUAUUAGGAUGGAUAAUAGAUGUUUCUGCAUCUUCUUUUUUUUCCUCUUUUAUUAGGAUCGAUGUUUCUGCAUCUUCUUUUUUUCCUCUUUUAUUAGGAUGGAUGUUUCUGCAUCUUCUUUUUUUUUCUUUUAUUAGGAUAUCUAUCUAUCUCAAUCUGUUUAUACCUAUCUCUCGGCCUAUUCAUAUCUAUUACAAUCUAUCUACCUCUCUCUCUUUCUUUCUUUUUCUCUCUCUUCUCUCUCUCUCUCUCUCUCUGUCUGUAUGUCUCUCUCUCUCUGUCUCUCUCUCUGGGUUCUUAUCUAUCUAUAUAUUCUUGUCUGUUCAUAUCUAUCUAUAUAUUUCAAUCUCGUAUUCGUAUCUAUCUAUCUAUCUAUCUAUCUAUCUAUCUAUCUAUCUAUCUAUCUAUCUAUCUAUCUCAAACGCCGAAGAAAUAAUAUUCCUUCCUAAUAUUCAGUAA